AUGUAUCAACCAAUUUGUAUAAGUUUAAUAGUGAUAUGUUCUGUAUAUUCAUUCGAAACUCAUCCGUGCCCGAAAUCGUUAAGUAUCGACAUUUCAAACGGUACAAAAAGUGGAACGAAGUAUAUUUUUCAAAAUAUGACGUUUGACAAAAACAAAUAUUUUGUGGAAAAUGGUAACAUUUGGGGAUGCAUUUGUCAAGUAAGGAACUGCAUACGGCGUUGUUGUUCUGAAAAUGAUCAACUAAAUUACCCAGAACUACAAUGUGGGAAGAAAGAUAUGAAUCCUUUAUUUAAAUUUCACAACAACUCAGAACUGUAUUUAACAUCUGAUUUAUCAGAUUAUUUUGUUGUAAGUGGACAUCCUUGUAUAUCAAAUGGUGAAAUAUUUUUACAUGAAAUGAAAGACUAUUUUAUACAAAAAAAUGGAUCCCUUUAUUCUUCGACAUUCAAUAAAUCUCAUUCUGUACAAGCCUACUGCCUUGUAGAUGGGUUAGGACUUGUAUGUCUGAACAGUUCAGAACUUGGUAUUCAAUCAAAUGAUGAAUCAGAAUAUCGUAAAAGCAUGCGAGUUAUACAGACAAUUGUGUAUAUACAGGGUUGGGCAUAA